GACAGACUGACAGCGUAUUGCGGAAGUAGCUGCCCGAACAAAAUAUCUAAACAUUGCAGCUAAACAGAGGACAAGGCUCCGAUCAGCAGGGCCAGCAGCUGCUGCGUCGAGGCUGGGACAGACACAGACCUGGGUGCUCUGGGACUCUGGCAGAGGACAUAAUGAUGCAGACCCCUAGCUUCACUCCUCUCGCAGUGGUGGAGCUGGUCUCAGACACCAAAGAGGAGGCCAUUGCUUGGCUGCUGAGCAGGAUAAGAGACCCUCAACAAAAUGGAGGUGCCGAGCUGCUGGUGGAGCAGCUGGGCCCUGGAGUUGGGUCUCAGGAGAAAGAGAAUCCCAACCUGUUCCUGGUGGGAGCCUCCAGGCAGAGGCUGCUCUCUGGUGCUGAGGAUGUGGGGCUCUUCAAAGAGUUCAGCGAUGGAUCCAUGAGGGCUUUCACCUGUGCCAACAAGAACAACUUCAAAGACUUUCAAGGAGACGGAGACGACUUCUUCAGCAUGGCUGAAUGUCAGUACAUCAUCAAACACGAGCUGGACACGUUAAGAGCCAAAGAUGAAACUCACGUGCCAGGAUAUACUCAGGUCAAGCUUUACCCCGGGAAAUCUAUCAUUCGCAGACUACAGUCCAAAGGAAUUAUGAUCCAAAUGUUCCCUAUUCACGAGAAGGAGGAGCUUAAGAGACUCUCGUUCUCCUGGUAUAAAAAGGUCAAGUUGUCCUUUCAGCCUCUCGAUGCCAUCAGACAUUACUAUGGAGAAGGUCAGGCCUUCUACUUUGGCUUCCUGGAGUACUUCACCAUUGCCCUGUUGCCUAUGGCCCUCAUCGGGGUCCCUUACUAUCUCUUUGACUGGGAGGACUAUGACAAAUAUGUGGUCUUUGCUGUGUUUAAUUUGAUCUGGUGUACCGUCAUUCUGGAGUUAUGGAAGCGGUGCAGUGCCUCACUCGCUUACCGCUGGGGCACACUGAGCAGGAAGAAGGCCUUCGAGGAACCCCGGCCCGGUUUCCACGGCAUUCUUGGUUUCAACCCCGUGACGGGCCGCGAGGAGCCGCUCUACCCCAACGCCAAGAGGCAGCUUCGCAUCUACCUCGUGUCCCUGCCGUUUGUCCUGCUCUGCCUCUACCUGUCCCUCUAUGUCAUGAUGAUCUACUUCCUAAUGGAGGGAUGGGCGCUGUCGGUCCACGACGAGGAGCCCACGUUCUGGACGGGAAUCCUGUUGUUCAUCCCCAGUGUCAUCUACGCUGUGGUCAUAGAGAUUAUGAACCUCAUCUACAGAUAUGCCGCUGAGUUUCUCACAGAGUGGGAAAAUCACAGGCUAGAAUCUUCAUAUCAGAACCACCUGGUCCUCAAAGUAUUAGUUUUCAACUUCUUCAACUGCUUCGCCUCGCUGUUCUACAUCGCCUUCGUCAUGCAGGACAUGGUGCUGCUCAGACAGAGUCUGGCCACCCUGUUGAUCACCAGUCAGGUUUUGAACCAGUUCAUGGAGGCCUUCCUGCCCUACUGGCUGCAGAGGAGACGCAACAAGAAGAUGAUCCGCAAAGUGCAGAAGAGAACAACUCUAGAGGACAAGGAGCUUCCCCUGGCUGAGCAGGUUCGCCUGGAGGCGGACAUGAGCACGUACCUGGGAACAUUUGACGAUUACUUGGAGCAGUUCCUGCUCUUUGGUUACGUCAGCCUGUUUUCCUGCGUCUACCCUCUGGCUGCCGUCCUGGUGGUGUUGAACAACAUCACCGAAGUUUACUCCGACGCAUUCAAGAUGUGUCGCGUGUUCAAACGGCCGUUCUCUGACCCAGCCGCGAACAUAGGCGUCUGGCAGCUCGCCUUCGAGGCCAUGAGUGUGAUCGCCGUGGUGACCAACUUUGCGCUGAUCGGCAUGUCCCCACAAGUCCGAGCUUAUUUCCCUGACUCCGAGACGCAGCUCAUACUGUGGACAGUGGCGGCUGAGCACGGACUACUGGCCAUCAAGUUCAUUCUGGCCUUCCUCAUCCCAGAUGUUCCCAAACACAUCCAGAUCAAAUUGGCCCGUCUGGAGUUUGAAUCACUGGAAGCCCUGAAGAAAAAGGUACGGCAGUCGGCUCAGAGGAUAAUCUGCCCUGUGAUGUGCUGUAAAAACAGAUUACACACGCGACACAGCUAAUCCAAUAUAUUCUCUUUUCCAAAAUUAUGCUUUUUUUACGCUUCGUUUAUGUAGGUUUUUAGAACAUAUCAGAUUUUUCUAUUAGUGUUUUUCCAAUAUCCAAUCCAGUGUUUCUGAUUUUGAUACAGAAUAUCAUAUAGGCUCAUGCUUAAUCUAUAUACAUACAUUCAUUUACACAUUAAGUAAAAGGAAGGCAUGCUUGCUAUUGCACACGAGUUAAAGGGGUUCCUUGAAAACAAAUGAGCAAUAAUUAUGAAAAUAAUGCCUUAUCAGGCAGGACAACGGGCGAGGAAACAUUCAGACGUCUGCAUGAUUUCAUAAUUAAAGUGACACUGAGCUGGAAAAUGGUGUGGCUGUUUUGUAAGGAUGAUGCUGAGGCGUUGACGGGUCACUGAACCGGAUAAAGUCGGUCAACAUUCACUCACUCACUCACAUCCAAAGACGUGGAGUCUGUGACUGCGGGUGUUUUUACACUCGCAGCUGCCACUGGGUUUGACACAAUACACUAUUUAAUUUUAAAAAGCAUGUGACCCUUGUGUAGGGAAUGUUCUGUUUCAACUACAUUAGUACCAUGUGUCCUUUGUGAUAUACUGUACUUUCAUCAGGUAUCUCCUAUGAUACCGUCACGCGAUCCGACAACAAAAUUCCAACCUGCUUCACAUUAACCAUGCAUAAAAGGCUCUUGGCUGUUUGUGCAUGCUUUGUUAAUAGAACGGACAUAGUCUCCGCAGUGGAGACAAGACCGAGUGGUUUGGCUUUUUGUUUGUCGUUUCUGUACGUUGCCAUUUAACAGGUUCCACAGGAAUCUCAGUUAUCAAGUCAAGAGAUGAUCCAGUGCCAAUCAAGUUUCAGAUUUGGUUGUGGCAUAGUGGAGGCAAUAUAGGACAUAGUAGAUGAGUAGUGGUGGUGGGUUGGGUCACCAGAUCACAAGCUCAGAUGUCAGAUUUUGUUUUAUAUCUACUUGUGUCAGUGCAGCUGCUUUAACUGUCAUUUAAUGUAAACAUUACAACCAACUUCCCCCAAAAAACACCAACAACAAGU